ACACGUAAAAGAUUCUUUAAAAUUAUGGAUUAGUUUUCCAAAUAGCCCUUCAAAGAGAAUGAAAAUAUUUAUGCGAUACUCAAAUAUCAUUUGACACAUGCAUAUUGGUUGAAUAUUAUUAAGGAUUAAAAAAAUAGUUAUGGUUACUGGUAGUUAAUAGUUAAGUAAUGGUUAGCUGUUAGCAGUUAGUUAGUUGUUAGCGGUUACUGACAUUAGUUAGCUUGUUCAAAUCUGUAUAAAAAUAGUAGCUGGUUAUUCAGCUAAAGAUAUAAUUGAAUCAAUCUUCUUCUCUUCUUCUUGGAUUGUGUUAAUGUUUCUCAUUAUGGUAUCUGAGCCAUAAUUUUUUUCCUUUUUUCUCAUGGCAACUGAAGCUAUUUCUGGUAAUGAAGAUGAGAAUCGUCAGUUGUUUAAUACUGUUGCUCAUGCAAGUGGUUCUUCACUCGGUCCUGGCAAUGCUUCUUUAAGGAGGAUUCAGCAGUUUCCUAAGCAUGAUAUUGUGAAACUUGGUAGCAUAAUUUUCUUUUGUGGAAGCAACAAGUUCUGUUGAUUCUUGAAGGAUAUGGCCUACAUGAGUUUGUUCUUGGUACUGUUAGUGUUCCUCCAUAAUCAGUUGUUGAUACGGAUGGUAAUCUUGUUCCCAAUCCUGAAUUCUUGUUUCAUAAAUAGCAAGAUAAGCUGUUAGCCUCUUAGCUGCUGUCUACCAUUUGUGAUGAGAUCUUGGUUCAUCUCACUGAUGCUCGAUCUAGUUUUGAUGUUUGGAAUACUGUUGUUCGUCAUUUUGCUUCAAAAUCCACUUUGACAGUCUCUACCUUGCGACACUCUUUGUAUUCUCAGAAAAAGGGCCAAUUAACUGUGAAAGAAUACUUGGCAAAGAUUAAAAGUUUGUGUGAUACUCUGACAGCUGCAGGAAAUGAUGUUUCUGAACAAGAGCAGAUUAGUAUUAUCUUGUUGGUCUGCCUGUGGAGUUUGAGCCGAUUAGGAUUGUGGCUUCUACAAUGAGGGUUCCUCUUGAUCUUCUUACAGAAAUGCUUAAUGAUUGUGAAGCUCGACAACAAGAGUUAGUUUUGAACGUGUCUUUUCAGGCUAAUUUUGUUCAGCAAUGUGGUAGCACUGAUGACACCAUCAGUAAAAGUGAUAAGGGAUCUCGACCAUCUUACAGAGGAAAUGGAAGAUUUUCUCGAAGCAGAGGUUGAGGAAGGAAGUUUAGUCAUACUAAACCUCAAUGUCAACUGUGUAGACGAGUUGGUCAUACUGCCCAGAAAUGCUAUUAUUACUUUGAUGAAAAUUUUGAGGAUGUUUCUGAACAUCCUAUGUAGGCUCAUUGUCAUCAGUUUCAGGGACCUUCAACUUCUUCUUAUGUAGGACCUCACUACUGCUCUCAUAAGAAUGCUACCACUGAUUCUAUUGCGGGUUCCAACCAAGGACCAUGUUCUUCAAAUCCUUUGAAUCCGACAGUAUGGUAUCCCGAUUCAGGAGCAUCCGAUCAUGUUACUAAUGAUUUGGAUAACUUGCAGGGUGCAACACCGUAUACAGGAUAUUAAUACAGGGAGCAUCUUAUUGGUGGGUCACAUUCAUAAUGGUCUGUACAGAUUUGAUUUGUCAACUUUCCAAAAAUCCAGAGCUGUUGUUUCUUUUCCAGCCACUGCUCAUGUUACUAACUUGGCGCCUCCUGCUUCCAGUAGUAUUGUUUUUGAUUUAUGGUAUAGAAGACUUGGCCACCCUUGUAAUAAAGCUGUUGCUACAGUGCUUCGAAAAUGUAAUGUAGUUGCAAACAAUUCUCAGUUGAGUUCAGUUUGUUCAGUUUGUUCAGUUUGUUCAGCUUGUCAGCUUGAAAAAUUUCAUAGGCUCCAUUUUCCCCCAUUUUCUACUGUGUAUCUCCUUUUGAGCUUAUUGUUGCUGAUCUUUGGGGGCCAGCCUAUGUAUCUUCUGAAGGACAUUCUUACUAUAUUUCAUUUAUUGAUGCUUACUCCAGAUUGACUUGGUUUUAUCUUAUUAAACAUAAGUCUAAGGCUCUUGCAAAGUUUUUACAUCUUCAAAAGUUUAUUGAAGUUCAGUUUGGCUGUAAGGUAAAAGUGCUUCAAACUGACUGGGAGGCGAGUUUCGGUCUUUUCCUCAAGCGCUUUUUCAAUUGGGAAUACAUCAUCGCUUUUCUUGCCCGCAUACCUCGGAGCAGAAUAGCUUGGUCGAAAGAAAACAUAGACAUAUAGUUGAUGUUGGCAUGACAUUAUUGGCUCAAGUGAAUGUUCCUAUGUAUCUAUUGGCUCAUGCUUUUAUCACUAUAGACCACCUCAUUAACAGGCUCCCAACACAUGUUCUUAAUGGAAAGUCUCCAUAUGAGCUGUUGUACAAGUCUGUGCCUACUUACAUGCACCUCAAAGUUUUUAAUUGUCGAUGUUAUUCUUA